GCCGCCCAGUCGACUGCCGCCUCGGACCACCGUUGGAUAUGGAGGAUCUCCCUUGUUGACGGCUUCAUUAUGGGCAGCGAGACAUGCACCUGGGCCCUAGCCUGGCUGGCGGUCACCUCUUCGCUGCUCCACACCAACCACCACGCCAACGCCGCGACUGGCGGGGGUAGUAUGCUGGGGGACGUCAACAUCUCCGCCAUCUUGGACUCCUUCAGUGUCUCUUAUGACAAACGAGUAAGGCCCAACUAUGGCGGUACCCCAGUUGAGGUCGGUAUCACUAUGUACGUGCUAUCGAUCAGCUCCCUGUCAGAAGUCCAAAUGGACUUCACGUUGGACUUCUACUUCCGACAGUUCUGGACGGAUCCUCGACUGGCCUUCCGGAAGAGGCCGGGGGUGGAGACGUUGUCCGUAGGGUCGGAGUUCAUCAAGAACAUCUGGGUGCCGGACACGUUCUUCGUCAACGAGAAGCAGUCCUACUUCCACGUGGCGACCACGAGCAAUGAGUUCAUCAGAGUUCACCAUUCGGGCAGCAUCACCAGAAGCAUACGGUUGACGAUCACGGCGUCAUGUCCCAUGAAUCUGCAAUACUUCCCAAUGGACAGACAGCUCUGCCAUAUAGAAAUAGAAAGCUUUGGAUACACUAUGCGUGAUAUUCGAUACAAGUGGAACUCCGGGUUCAAAUCUGUGGGUAUUAGCAACGAAGUGCAACUGCCCCAGUUCAGAGUCCUCGGGCACCGCCAGAGGCAGACCGAAAUUAACCUUUCCACAGGUAACUACUCCCGUCUGGCGUGCGAGAUACAGUUCGUCAGGUCGAUGGGCUACUACCUGAUCCAGAUCUACAUCCCCUCUGGCCUGAUCGUCAUCAUCUCCUGGGUCAGCUUCUGGCUGAACCGGAACGCCACCCCUGCCAGAGUGGCCCUUGGCGUCACCACUGUGUUGACCAUGACCACCCUCAUGUCAUCCACCAACGCCGCGCUGCCUAAGAUAUCCUACGUCAAGUCCAUCGACGUGUACCUGGGCACGUGUUUCGUCAUGGUGUUCGCGUCACUGUUAGAGUACGCAACAGUGGGGUACAUGGCCAAGAGGAUACAGAUGCGGAAGAAUAGGUUCCUGGCGAUUCAGAAGAUCGCAGAGAAAAAUUCGAAACAAGGGUUGGAGGGGCCGCACCCCCCUGUGCCUGGAGACCCCUCAGAUCACCCCACACUCCCCAAACAGACUGUGAGCGUCGCAUCAACCCUGCGACACAACUCCAAAACAUGCGUGUUCCAGGAGGUGCGGUUCAAAGUGCAUGACCCCAAGGCCCACUUCAAGGGCGGGACGUUAGAGAACACCAUCAACGGGAGAGCAGACGAGGAGGCCCCGGCACCGCAGCACCUCAUACACCCGGGGAAAGACAUCAACAAGCUGUACGGAGUCACUCCCAGCGAUAUAGACAAGUACUCGCGGAUCGUGUUCCCCGUCUGUUUCGUGUGUUUUAACCUAAUGUACUGGAUCAUCUAUCUUCACAUAAGUGACGUGGUCGCCGAUGACCUGGUGCUUCUAGAAGAGGACAAAUAAGCGACUGUCGUCGAACAAAGACUACGUUUUAAAGGUUUUACGGUCGAAUUCAGCUCAACUUACACUCUCGACAAAGAGGAUAAUAAUUUACGCACUUUGAGUUCAGUAUUGUUUCUCGUUUGUGGAUCGACUGUCGGUUUAAAAGGCUUUCUUAUGAUUUCACCACUUGUAAAAUACCGAUAGUUAGUCUAUAGCUAGGUUUAGAUCUAGAUCUCAAACUAAACACUCGGGUUAGUAAUUUGGUUUUGUAUAUUUUAUAUGACUUAUAUAACGUGUACAUAUUCCGAUGGAAAGCGAUACUGCAAAAGAUACUGCAUUCGAUCUAGCAGUUGCUCAAUAUUUUUUUCUUUCGUGUAGAACUACGAGUUUCGGAGGUACGAUGUACACUAUAGAAACAUGUCCAUCCAGUAGAAAAGUAAAAUUAUUUUGUUACCGGAAUCAAAGAGACGUUGUAUAUUUUCUGUCGAGUACAGACGGUUACUAAAAUGCUGAUGAGAGGUCUAUUCGUGUUACAAAAGCUCAAAUCAAAUUAUAUAGUUUAAAAAGGUUUUAUUCGGUAAUCGUUAGACGAUUGUGUAGUUACGUAUCGUAUUUUAUCUGUGUUGAAGGUUAUUUAUAGCGUUACCACCUCAUUUGAAACUCUCUGUGAUUUAAAAAGUUUUAUUGUAAAGAUUACUAUUCCGUUAGACGCGUUAGUAAAUAGUUACCACAGAUAGGGUUAUUGAAAUUAUUAUAGCCUACUUGAUGGCGGUUUUAUCUGUUCAUAGUCUACGUAUUAAAUACAGUGUUGACCUGUUGUAAAAUAUUUUAUCGUUCGAGAUCGCUGUGUUGGAAGUUUUUAUACUUUACUCUAAUAUUACAUAAUUAUAACUUUAGUAAUUAAAAAGUCUUAGUUUAUACGUUAACAAAUAAGAUGUACAAAAGGUUAACUAACGUAUAAAUCGAAGCAGGAUAGCGUCUAAUCAAAUAUAUAGAUCACCCGAUAUCUUUUAACUUCGUCUUUAUAUACAUAUAAAUAAUAGCACAGAAAGAAGAAUUACCGCAAAGGGUCACUGCACAGAAUUCUUAACUCGCCUAUAUAAACAGUUCUCACAAUAUAUAUUAUACAAUAUACAUAUAUACAUACUGUAAUGUAAUGUAUUUAUACGAACGUAUUCUAAAGUAAAGACUAGUUUAAGUGUGCACGAACCGAUGUCACCUUGUGCAUACAUGUAUAUACAGAUGUACGUAGAGAUAUUUUUACAUCAAUGCAAAUUAGGUUGGUAGCCGUGCACGGCUGCGCAGUGGCGGGGCUCAGUUACUGCGCAGCCCCCCUCCCCUCCUCCCUAUGUUGUAUUGGUAGGGACCACUGUUUUAUACACUACUUUUUCAAACGUACCAUCUUCUGGGGUUUAUGGAGGCUUCAAAUCGGGUCUUUUAAUUUAAUUGUACAUUGCAAAACAGUUGCGCAAAGAUCAUUGUUGUAAAAAACACAUUGUAUUGGCUGAAGUAAAGUGUAUGGUUAAUUAAAACUAUACUAAACUAUGUCUAUCUAUGUUGAUAACGCAGAAAUAGCACUAUCCACCGAUAAAUUCCAUUUAUUUUAAAACUUAACCAUAAACCAUUGUUUCUAUUGAUGUAUCAAUUUUAUGACGAUUGUAAGGGCUACCAAUAAACUGUAAAAAGUGAAAACAAUUAAGCUAGACCAAUAUUCUCAGGUAUGUUAAAAUUAUGUGUUACUAUGUAAGAAUGUUAUAAGUAAUAAUUACUUUAAAUAUGUUAUCUAUAGUGAUCGAAAAUAUACUGCUAUAGUUAAAUCAUUUAUAAAACAACUUUAAAAUUAAAGUACCUUGUGCCAGCUAGAAGGACAAUACAAAUGUUGACCUUAACAAAAAUAGAUACUAACUAUUGUUUGAUAGAUUUGCCACACAACAAAUGAUUGAAGUUUACAUAAGCCCCAACCUUAUUUGAGUCACCAUUUGUUUAGUAGUCAUAGAUUUGGUAAAUACAAAAUAUUUUGUUCGCACUAAGUGCAAUGUCAACAGAUAGAAAAAACAGUCAAUUUGUUGUUAAUAAGCAAAGAUAACAUAGAAAACAUGUUGUUACAUUUAACCAAAUCAAGGUUAAGCCACCUUUAACUUAAUAACUUAAAUUAUAAUGUAUCAUAAUGUAACUGUUAGUACAGAAGAGAAACAACCAUAGCAUAGCCUCCUCUAAUACAAGGCCGCGGCGUUGGUGUAUGGCAACGUCGCAGCGGCCGGUGCCAAACAUUGCGCAGAAACUUAGGCUUCAGCUGUUUCGGUAGGCCGGGGCUGCGGUGUUGCCACUUUUGUCACGCCACGGCCUUGUAUUAAAAGAGACCAUGGUAGACCAUAUUUAUUUAAAAUUUGCACAAACAACCAUUCUAUUAAAUAGCAACCCGUCUGUGUCAUUGCAUUUCGUGCACUGUUUCAUUAUAAGUUUGUUGUAGUAAUCAGCUGAUCUAAGCUCAACAAUAAGUUUGUAAGAUAUGUUGAAAAGCUGUGAUUUUGUUAAGUACGGCUUACUAAGCUGUUUUCCUUACCCUCGUGGGAUAGACUCACCUUCCGACCCCUAAAGUAAAAUGUAACCUGAUUUCAAAUUCUCAAGUGUCCUAGUUGAUUUUGAAUGUUAUUUACUAGUUAGCUAGAUAUAAUUUACCCCAGCCCAGAGUCGGGUCAAAUACUUAAAUCGGUUGUGUUUAAAUACUCUACAAACAAAUUCUAAACGGAUUGUAUAAUUAUACAGUUCGAUGUGUAUAGGUUUAUGUUCUAGCGUAAGUUAGGCGAGAUUAGUUAAGUGGCGUACUUUCUUUAUAAUGUUGGACUUUUGUAGACGAUUUGACGCCGGAGCAGCAAACCGAUUCUGUAAAUAUGACAUUGUUUUUAAUAAAUUAUUCGAAAACAAAAUGAUAUUUUUGUGCUUCCUCAACUUAGGGGAAAGUAUAGAUACGAACAGAUAGGCUUAGGCCGUUAGAUGAGGCAUAGUUCGAUCAACCGACUUAUCUUUCUUUGGUUUAGUUAAGGCUCAAAGUAUUUUAAUCAUCAUGAAGUGUUACUGAGAGAGGGUGCUAGACGAUAACGUUGUACUUGAGGGCAAACCUGGGUGUGUGUUGGUUAGAUGAACUGACUCAUUGUGUAAAUUAUUUUAGAAACUGCCUCCUUAAUCUUGACUUAUUGGUGUAGAAUUAAAUAAACAAAAUAACUACAACAUCUGUUACACAGUAAAAUAGCUCAAUUUGAUUUCAGAAAUCCAAGCUGUGCGAGAAAACGAUUUUCAUGGAAAUUUUUUGUAUAAAAAUUAAAGAUUUGCCAUUUUCAAAAAAAGCUAAACGUUUGUCACGGAUUUCUAAUUACGUGUAUUUUUAUUUCAAUGAUUAAAUUUAAUUGUAUGACUUUGAUGCGCAAAGGAACCCCUGUGAAAUAUUAAGAGGGUUUUAAUUGUUGUAUCAAAAAGAACAUUGCAACCCACAUUUUAGGAUAUAAGUUGCCUAAAUGAAGUAAUAUAAAACCAAAAACUUUGUGGCAAUCGAACUUCUUUAGCUAUAGAAUUUUGUACACCAUGAUUCAAAUUAACUAUAAAUAAUUGAUAAACAAUUAUUAAUUUCUUAUUUUUAAGCGUUCAACCUAUAAAGCUAUUAAACUACUAUUGUUUUACUUACUACAGCUUAACAAGCCAAUAUUGUAAUAUUUAAAUAUUUUUUUAUUCAAAUAGAUUGCCUUAUUCUACUUCCAUGUACAUUAACCUAAUCGCUGUAGGAACAGAGGAAUUGUAUAUAUACUUGAAGGGUUACAACUUUUUAAAAUGUCAAAUUAAAAGUGUUCCUCCAUUACAACUGCUCAUAAUUAUUACAAUUAAUUAAAUAAAUAAAUGAAAACAUAUUAGUGAAUUGACGAGUUAAAAAUAAUAAUUUUUUCUUUAUCUUGUCAAUAAAAAUAGUAUUAAUAUUUUUUCUUCCAUUUUAAGAAACUAAAAUUUUUAAAUAGUCAGACCUCAUACUCUAUGACUUUUACAUAACCGAUUUGUAUGCAUAUGAAACAUGAUAAAAUGUGGGCUACAGUCAUACAUUUUGUGCUGAUAUUCAAAGUCAAUUACUAUCAAGGUUACUUUGUUACAAAGUCAAUAUUAUAACAUUGACUAUUGGAUACUGAAGUAUCCAAUAGUUGUAUUGAUAAUCAAAGAUUAUAAGAUAAAUUAAUGAAUUCAGAAAAUAUAUAAAUUGCAACCAACCAAACAUAAUUAUUGUUUUGAAAGAGAGCUCACAGAAAGGUUAAAUGACCAACAAUCAAAUAAUACUGUAACAAAUAAAUUGUAAAACCAAAUAUUAAAAUUGUCUUGUAAUCAUUAAAAGACUAUGGCAAAUUUCAGUGUUUAUUUUAAACUAAUAACAAUUUUAACUACUUCUUUUCUUAUGUGAACUUAAAUCUAAAAACUCUAGCUGUUAUAGUGUAAACAAUUUAUUUUUAGUUAUUAAAAAGACACAUAUUUAAUUUAUUUAUAUAGUUUCUCGUGGCUCAUCAUGAAGCAGCUAAAAAAACUCAUUUAGAUCUGACUGGAAAUUUAAAGUGUACAGUUUUUUUUUAAUUAAAAACUUAAACCUGUUUUUUUCUGAGAUAUAGCCAACUUCCACUACAUAAAUCAGUAAAUAUGUUCAUAAUUUUGUUGAUUAACUAUUACACGAAUUGAACAACACUUUACGACAGGUAUAACAAAAUCAUUGGUGUUAGUUUUUAUUUGUAUACUUAAAAGAUUACUUCAAAUCAAAUAUAUUUAUGAGAAAAAAAUUAAUUAAUUUUGAAAAAUUAAAAGAAAAGAAAAAUUAAACAACAAACAACAAAGAAUAACAAGGAAAAAUCAAUUAAGUUUGUGUAUUUUAGAAUUUUACUAAGGAAAUUAUUUGGAAUUAAAUCACAGCUUAAUAAACAUUGAAUAAAGAUAUACCGUAACCCAAUCUAAUUCGCACCACGGAAAAAAGAUGUAUGGAAUUCGUUCAUUUACAAAAGGCAUAGUGUCAACAUUAAUAAUUCAUGAGCUUAAAACUAAUAAACAUUUUCUGAAACAUGCAUCACAAAGUUGAGUGAGCAUUUGACUUCAGCUUUGAGGCUUGAUUUCAAUUUCAAUCAUAACCUAGUGAUUCGAAUCCAAACAACUAGGUACCAAAAAUGUUACAACAGAAACUAAAGAGUACAAGAGAUUUGAAUUAACUGAUAUAUACAUAAUAAGACAUCUUUAAACAACUAAAAUAUGUAAAAAAAAACAAAUUAUGCAACCAUACUGUAAAUUACUUUUCCCUAAAUUCUAAAAAAAAAAAAUAUGGAGGUGUCCAUCGACGAACACACAGCUGGUUUUGUUUUCCAGCUGAUCAGCCUGGAGUAUUUGCUCAAGAGCGAACACGUCAUCAUUCCCAUAAUGCACUCGCCACACGCAAUACUAACUAUAGCUAGAUUCUAAACAGAGCAGUAGCGUAUCACGCUUUAUAACAUUAAGGUAAUGUUACAUUUUAGAUUAUGUAAACCUAUUAUAAGAAGUGCGUCAUCAACAAAAUGUGAUUCUUUAUGUAUGUAAAUAUAGAAUAAAACCUGUAUUAUUAAAA